AUGCCACCGGUACAGCAAUAUCAGUAUGUUAGCCAUCAACCAUCUAACUUUGAUAAAUUCAAGAUGGGAGCAAUGAUGGGCUCAAUGGUGGGUGUUUGCGUUGGUGUUUUAUUCGGAGGAGUUUCGAUUUUGCAGAAUGGAGCUGGGCCCAAUGGUGUUAUGAGGACCUUAGGACAGUAUAUUUUAGGAUCCGUUGGUACGUUUGGGUUAUUCAUGUCUAUUGGAUCUGUCAUCAGAUCUGAUACAGGCUUUCAAGCCUAUCAGCGUGCUAUUGUGUCCUCGAACUCGAAGACAUUAAGAGAACUUUACGAAAAGGAUUAG